GCAAGCAUGUACGCAAGUAAUAGCAAAUGGAUUUAAGAGAUCCCUUUUGGUUUUGCUUUUGUAGCAAAUGCGGUGAUUUUCAAGAGCAGAAAGGUCAUUUAGGCUCAUGUGGGCAUAUCAUUUGUACCGGAUGCUUCAUUCCUGUUUCAGGUGAUAACAAUGGCAUCACAAAAUGUCCAAUAUGUAAUAGUUCCGCUAACUUCUUGCCUGUCUCUGACCGGAAGGUAUUUCGAUUCUUCAAAGAGGUUAAAAAAAGUCUAAGCGAAUGGACUGCGUUGGAAAAAUAUCAACACCAAGUUGAUUUUUAUUACCACCGUAUGCAAGGAGAGAAAUUACGGAGAUUGUAUAGAAAGAUCGAAAGCAAAUCACUGCAGCUCGAGACGCUCAAGAAUACCUUUAACAAUGUGGUGGCCACAAUGGCUAAACGUGACCGACACGAUGUGGAAGCCUAUGGCAAGAGAACUCCGAAACAGCACUCUGGGGCUCGGGAAAAACCCCGAAUUCACCAACAAAGUACGACACAAGGCAUUGGACAUAGGGAACAAAUUCAGUUGCGGAAUACAUUUGAGUACGAUUCUCUCAAAAAAACACUAGGCUCAGAUAACGUCCGUACAAAUACGACCGGUAACGGUACUGAACGUAACCGAUCUCGGAAGUACGUUGAUACGCCACGCCCUCGUUUACUCAAUUUUCGAUAUGACUCAGGCUCUAUGUUUACACAGAGCUCUCGAGCAGCGGUUUCAGUAGCUGACACUGCAGCUAAGCGGCGCAAUCAGGCCGAUAAUCUGAUUAGUUCCAGUAAUCAAGCAGUUGAUAACGGCCAGCCUGAGCGUAUACUAAUGGGCCCCCAAUAUGCGCGCGCAAAUGUUACUGGCAAGAAAUUUCAUCAACACAAGACUGGAAUACGCACCCCGAAGACGUGCCGAUCGUUGUGCAGGAGAGGCCGUAUCGCGUAGUUGAUUGUACGACUAACCGGCUCUGUUGCGACCAUUUGCAUCAUCACAGUGUUAUAGAAUCGUGACUUGUGCGCACCUGUGGACCCACUGGUGGACAAGAAAUGACGGCGAGUACUGUCUUCACGCCGGCGUACCUGCCUCGUUUCCCUGAUGGCUCUGUACCAGAAAGCACCAACCGGUGCAGAAGCUUAUGGAAUCAAUGGCAAUGUGCCCGUAAUUUGAACUGGGGCAACACCUGGAAACGGUGUCGUUCGGCUGGUGGCUACACGCGGCCUUGGAGAACUUGGAUAACGCGAAAAUCGUGCCAGCUGCCCAUAUAGUUGCCAAUUAAUAUCCUCGCUGCGUUGUCAAAGCCGCCAUAUCAGUGUUCUACAUGCAGGUGCAUCAGCAAAUCGUACUUUGGAGGCAGUACUCCUGACCUAUCGAUUGGACAUACACCUCCUAACAAAUGCGUAACAGGGGUUGAACGUGACAUGUGAUCUGAUCAAAGAUAUUAGUCUUUGAAAGCAAGCACGAACGAGAUCACUGCAUUACCCCACCAAGAAAAAACGGUUCAAUACAGGUACUCUACCGUUGACUCAAUGGACCAGGCACGUUGCUCUAGCAGAUAUUAAACUGUUGCAAGCAAAUCCGGCAACGGACUUUUAAUAUUUAUCUAUGAAUUAAAUAAAAUUUUCGAAAUUAAUUAAAAUUCGAAAACCAAUGUGCAGUGAUCAAGACGUUGGAUUGAUUUGUAAUAGCCUAAUUAGUGGGUUAUAGAGUAAUAAUAUAGUCGAGUUAAUUAAUGGGUUGAUUUUGUAACUAAACACUACAAGAGAGAUUCAGCAGGCAUAUGUUGUUAUCGAUAACUGUAAGCUGAUGAAGCCUCGUCAGGACAUAAUGAAGGCUGACAUCUGUCGAAGAUGGUGAAAUAGGUGAAACGAGGUUACCACAAGAGCUUAAAUGAAAGUCUCUGAAUAUGCGAACUUUUAAGCAGACAUAGCAUAGACAUAUACGAAUGCAUCAUAGUACUACUUUUUAGGAUUUUAACAGUAGUAAUCUUUUCGACCCCUUGGAUAGUCACCUAAUGCGACACGUGUUACGGCUGACAUCUACAGAUCUUUGGAAAUCCCGUGUUGUCUCAGUUUGUGUAGGUAAGCACCACAAGGUUGCCAAUUUUAUUUAAUAGACAUUGCCUGUUUCGUAAUUAGUAAGCAGGUGGUCUAUUGACACGAGACAUUUGUAGUACGCGCAUUUGAUAGUUAACAGGAUAACGAGUUUGCAAUGCUUCACGCAUUAGAAGUCAAGGGAUUGGAGUAGCGCGAAAUCAAGCAGUAAUGCCAACAAUGCGGUGUACGUGAUAAGUACGCCAUCAAAAGGACAGUGCGAUUUGAAAUGUGGAUGUGUCGUGGCGUCUUCAAUAAAUGUACUCAUUUAUUUCUUAUGCGAUCAUUGUCAAUGGUAGUAGUAAAUAAAGCCCAUCUUGCGUAUUCACGGUUAUAUUGAUA